AUGUCGAUAAAAACUGGGAUUGUGUCUGCACUAACGCUGCUUGGCACUGUAAUUAGCUUUUAUGUUGUGUACGCGCUGCUGACAAAUCAACUUUUCCUACUGGACAUCGGAUGGCUUCUCACUGCUUUUGGACCUAUUUACUGGGCUUCCUUAGGAAUCGGCCUCGCAAUGGGAUUAUCCGUUAUGGGCGCUGCCUGGGGAAUCUGGUCGACCGGUGCCUCCGUAAUGGGGGGUGGUGUUAUCGUCCCAAGGAUCUACUCCAAAAACCUCGUCUCGAUCAUUUUCUGUGAAGCUGUCGCCAUUUAUGGAAUCAUCGUUUCGAUCAUCAUGGCCACAGGCCUCAAGCCUUACAAUGGAGACGAUCCUGCUACCCUGGCGAUGAAUUAUGAAUCUGGCUACCGUGUUUUUGGUGCUGGAAUGAUCACUGGUAACGUCUAA